AUGUCCGGCGCACAAGCUUACGACCCUUACAAUCCGUUCAACGACGACGCCCAGAAGGAGCAGUCCGAACAGCCGUCCAAUAAGAACCUCCACAACCUCCAGAACACUCUGCAGGAAACGGCGGGAAUCAUGAGAAACAACAUAGAGGCAAUCAACCAACGAGGAGAGGUUUUGGAGGAUAUCGACACCCGCGCAAACGACCUGAGCACCAACGCUAAGCUGUUCAACCGGUCCGCUAACCAGGUCAGAAAAGACAUGUGGAAAAAGAACCUCAAGCUCAAAUUGUGUCUGGCCGCAGUCAUCUUCAUCUUGCUCGUGGUGAUCAUCGUGCCAAUCGCUAUUCACUUUAGUAAUUAG